AUGCUCCUGACAAAGGGAAUCGAGCUCCGCGACGGCGACGAGGACCAGCGCCGAGUGCGCCGACGCAGCAGCUUCCGCAAGAUGACGGCCCUCCCGCGGCGGGCGGUCGCAUCGCUGACGCUGUGGCGGGCGCGAGACGGCGGCGCCGCGGUCGACGAGCUCGACAAGGAGGACGAGGACGACUGCCGCACGCUGCUCAACGACCGGCCGGUGCGGUUCCCGAGGCACGUGGCGUCGUUGUUUUUCAGGCAGGGGGGGGCGAGGAGGUUGCAGGAGGAGGAUGAGAGCCUUCUCUAA